GCUGUUCCAAUCCAGUCUAGUGUAGUGUUAUGCUCCUGUUCAUCCCCAUCAAUGGUGAGGAACCAAGCAGAUUCCAGCACUCCAUCUGUCAUUUCCACCUGUGGCAGCAGACAGGGAUCUAACAUGGAGGGCACUGCAGCUGAAUCAAGAUCUAGUUCAAAUUCCUUGCAGCAACAUACAGGACAGCAGCCUCCACAGCCUCGAAAGAAACGGCCUGAUGACUUCAAAUUUGGGAAGAUUCUGGGUGAAGGAUCUUUUUCAACGGUUGUCUUGGCUCGAGAAUUGGCAAGUUCUAGAGAAUAUGCCAUUAAAAUUCUAGAAAAACGUCAUAUCAUAAAAGAAAACAAGGUGCCAUAUGUGACACGAGAGAGAGAUGUAAUGUCCCGCCUGGAUCACCCUUUCUUUGUGAAACUCUACUUCACCUUUCAGGAUGAUGAAAAGCUAUAUUUUGGGCUUAGCUAUGCCAAAAAUGGAGAGCUGCUAAAGUAUAUACGCAAAAUUGGCUCAUUUGAUGAGACCUGUACCAGGUUUUAUACCGCUGAAAUUGUAUCAGCCCUGGAGUAUUUGCAUGGGAAAGGAAUAAUUCACAGGGACCUUAAGCCAGAGAACAUCUUGCUAAAUGAAGAUAUGCAUAUUCAAAUAACAGACUUUGGAACAGCAAAAGUAUUAUCUGCAGAUAGCAGACAAGCGCGGGCAAACUCAUUUGUAGGGACAGCACAGUAUGUUUCUCCAGAGCUGCUGACAGAGAAAUCUGCCUGUAAAAGCUCUGACCUCUGGGCUCUGGGAUGUAUAAUAUAUCAGCUGGUAGCUGGAUUGCCUCCAUUUAGAGCUGGAAAUGAGUAUCUUAUAUUCCAGAAGAUAAUAAAGUUGGAAUAUGACUUUCCAGAAAAAUUUUUUCCCAAGGCAAAAGACCUUGUUGAAAAGCUAUUGGUUCUAGAUGCUACCAACAGAUUAGGCUGUGAAGAAAUGGGAGGAUAUGGACCUCUUAAGGCUCACCCCUUCUUUGAAUCCAUUGUGUGGGAGAACCUACAUCUUCAGACACCUCCAAAACUUACAGCGUAUUUACCUGCUAUGUCAGAGGAUGAUGAAGACUGUUAUGGAAAUUAUGACAAUCUCCUGAGUCAGUUUGGUUGUAUGCAAGUUUCUGGUUCUGCCUCUUCCCAUUCGCUGUCUGCCCCAGAGACGAGUACACCACAGACAUCAGGAGGAAAUAUUGAGCAGUAUAUUCAUGAUCUUGACAACAAUUCCUUUGAGCUGGACUUACAGUUUUCUGAGGAUGAAAAGAGGUUACUUCUGGCAAAACAAGCUGGUGGAAAUCCCUGGCAUCAGUUUGUAGAAAAUAACUUAAUCCUAAAAAUGGGUCCAGUGGACAAACGAAAGGGAUUGUUUGCACGUCGGCGCCAAUUGCUGCUCACAGAAGGGCCCCACCUGUAUUAUGUGGAUCCUGUCAACAAAGUUCUAAAAGGAGAAAUUCCGUGGUCUUUAGAGUUGCGGCCAGAAGCCAAGAAUUUUAAGACAUUUUUUGUUCACACACCAAACAGGACAUAUUACCUGAUGGACCCAAGUGGGAAUGCUCAUAAAUGGUGCAAAAAGAUACACGAAGUGUGGCGGCACAGAUACCACCAGAAUGCUGCUAAAUAGUAAAGCUCAUCCAAAAUUUCCCAGUUUCCCUACUUGCUGCUAGAACUCCGUGUGCAGCCGAUCAGAGGAAUCUUUCCAACCCGCCUAUUACCAUCUCAAGGGGAAGCAUAUGUCUGAAAUGUUCUGUUUUUUGUUUGUUUUUUUUUUUUUAAAAAAAAAAAGAAAGAAAAAAGAAGCAAAAACCUAAUGGAAUUCAGGGUCGCUUUGCUCGCUCUUUGUGCUUCUGUUGAGGCUUCCACAUGCAUAUCAUUGCAGUGAAGAUCUUGCUUUUGUGCACUUCAGCUCAAUUUCUGCUGCAGACUAGUGGAUAGACCUUGCAUUACCAGCUUCACUUAAGAUGAGUUAAAACCAAUCCACACGCACACACGCCGAAUCAUGUACCAGCCUUGCAUUUUAUGGGGCUGGAGUUUUCUGUGACUUUCAGAUUAUCAUUAAACUGUAUUUCAUCAGGGAGCUUUUAUAUGCCUCUCCUAAGCACCACCUCUUUGUUUUCUCUUCCUUUCCUCACAGUCCCCCAGCUUAUUGGUAUAUGGCAUUUGUCGCCAGGUCAGUUGCACCCUUGUGUAAUUCCUAAUAUAGUUCUGGUUGCAGGAUUUAUGUGGUACUUUAGUAAUUAUGUGAAUGAAUCAGAUGUAUGUGUCUGGCAGACAGGCUCCAGUGAUACAGGUUGAGAGAGUAAAAUGCUGAACGUGGCACUGAAAGUUUUCUAAAAUUGAAAUGUUGGCUUCUGAAGCGUAUAAGAUUUUAAACAUUCAAUUAAAAUUUUAAUAUGGAUCAUAUGUGUAUUUAAUCAAGGGACAAUAAACUUACCAGCAUGCUUUUAACUAAUGCUAACUAAAAAAUUAACUAGUUAGUAUGGGGG